AUGUCAGUUUUCCCCUUCGCCCUGCCCGCCGCCGCAGCAGGUCUCGCAUAUCUGAACGGCCGCCAUGGCUUUACAUACGACUGGCCACUACUUUCCUCCUUUGUCGGCAGCACUAUUACUGGCGCGCUGCAAGAACGACGCGACACGCUGAACCUUUUCUACGAACUCGAGGCGCAUGCCAAAUCCUCUUCGCGCGCAAACCACGCCUGGAUCAUAUUUCAAGGAAAGACAUGGACAUACGCGCAGGCUUACGACGUUGUGCUCCGAUAUGGCAACUGGUUGAAGAGCAAGGGCGUAGAGAAAGAUGAAAUUGUCGCAAUGGACUUUGUGAACUCGGAGGUCUUCAUAUGGGUUUGGUUUGGCCUUUGGAGUAUCGGUGCGAAGCCGGCUUUCAUCAACUACAACUUGUCCGGCAAGCCGCUGGUUCAUACAAUCAGGACGAGUACGGCGCAGUUGGUGCUGGUGGACCAGGAAAGCAAGGACAAGUUCAGCGAAGAUGCGCUGAAGGAGCAUGGCCUCACUCGCGUGCAUCAUGCAGACAAGGUCAAAUACACUUUCCAAGUAGAGCAGUCGGACGUUCCACGAUCAGUCAAAAACCAGACACGGACUCCCCAAGCUGCCGUGGAAGCAGGUGCUGUCUCUGAGCCCUUGACCGCGCAACGAAACCUCGAAAUCAUCUUCUUCGACGAUGCCCUCACAUCAACCAUCCUCACACACCCACCCACGCGCCUCCCCGAUUCCUCUCGCUCCGACCAAAAGCGCAGCGACAUGGCCAUGCUCAUCUAUACAUCCGGCACAACGGGUCUGCCCAAACCCGCCGUAAUGUCCUGGGGCAAAUGCGGCGGCGGCGCACAAUUCGCCGCAAACUGGAUGUCGCUCAAGAACGACAUAGUCUACACAUCCAUGCCCCUAUACCACAGCUCUGCCUCCGUCCUGGGCUUAUGCGCCGUCCUCCGCGCCGGCAGCACAAUAUGCCUUUCCAAGAAAUUCUCCCACAAAACCUUCUGGCCGGAAAUCCGCUCUUCACACGCCACAAUCCUGCACUACGUCGGUGAAACAUGUCGCUACCUACUCUCUGCACCUCCCUCCCCUUUAGACAAACAACACAAAAUCCGAGCCGCUUUCGGCAAUGGCCUGCGCCCAGAUGUCUGGGAGCCCUUCAAACAGCGUUUCGGCAUAGAAACAAUCUUCGAAUUCUACGCUGCAACAGAAGCGCCCGGCGGCCUCUUCAACCGCUCCACAAACUCCUUCUCCAGCGGCGCAAUCGCACGAAACGGGUCGCUGGGAAACUUCCUCAUGUCGCGCAAACUUACACUCGUGCGCAUGGAUCCUUCUUCCGAUCCUCCAGAACCUCUACGCGACCCUAUCACGGGCCUGUGCGAAAUCAGCGAUUACAACGAACCCGGGGAACUCCUGGGUAAACUCGACGCGGCGAAUAUAAAAGAGGGGUUCCAGGGCUACUAUGGAAAUGAGAAGGCUACGAAUUCCAAAAUCAUCCGCGAUGUCAAGACAAAGGGCGAUGCGUAUUUCCGCUCUGGCGACCUUAUGCGGUGGGACGCCGAGGGCAGGUUCUGGUUCGUUGAUCGCAUCGGGGAUACGUUUCGUUGGAAAGCGGAAAAUGUGUCUACGGCUGAGGUCUCGGAAGCUGUGGGCAAACAUCCCGCAGUUGCCGAAGCAAACGUCUACGGUGUCAGUGUUCCGGGCCAUGAUGGACGCGCUGGAUGUGCUGCCAUUGUUUUCGAACAAGGCGUUGGUGAAGUCAAUGACAAAUUGCUGCAAGAACUGGCACGACAUGUUAAGAAAGAGUUGCCGGCGUUCGCCGUACCUGUUUGGAUUAGAGUGACGAGGGAGAUGCAGUUGACGGGGACUAACAAGCAGCAGAAGGUUGAGCUGCAGAAGGAGGGGAUUGAUCCGCGGGUUGUGGAAGAGAAGGGCGAUGUGCUGUAUUGGUUAAGGGAUGGGAGUUAUACGAGGUUUACGGAGGAGGAUUUGAAGCGCAUUGAGGGGGGCAGUGUGAAACUUUGA